AUCUCAUUGAAACGUCGCUCGAAUAGAAAUCAAAUUAGAAUUUCUUUGUAAUUCUUUAAGAAAAGGAAUUUUCAUAAACUCAUUUUCUCGCUCCUACACCUCUGCAACUCACUGUUGGAGCUUUAUUUUUUUCUGCACCAACGAACCUAUUGUUGUGCACAUGAGCCUGAAAGACAGUAUGGUUGGUGGAAAAUAUAAAAUGCGUGGAAAAUGCCGAGUGAACUCUCAGACUUCCACUUGUUGUGCUCCCAGAUGGACACUUGUUGCACACCCAGACGGUUGACCGAGUACACCCUCCGUGAGGUGCUAAAGUGCUAAAACAGUUGUGGGGAUUUUUGUGUUUUACAAAAUCAAUAAAUUCCGUGUGUGGGUGAGGAUUGAUGAGUGGCAGGCACGUUCUCAUUUUGAGCUACAAGGAUAACAGUGAUACACGGCGGGAGUUGGAGCAGCUGAAGAUGAAGAGUCGUGUGCGGGAAUCGCGUGAUUUUGUCACGGCUCUCGUGUACUUUUCACUCUUUCUCGACAAUGUCCUUCUAACUGUGAUUGUUCCCAUCUUGCCAGAUUUUCUCGCUCAAUCCGGUGAUGUGGGACUCCCUGAGAAUAUUUCCACAUUCAAUGUGCCUAAUGGGAUGCUAUAUACAAAAACCUUUGAUCUCCACUAUGUACCAAAUAUGCUGAGGAAGCAUCCACUUGCUGGACCGAGUGUCCUCAAUCUCAGUACCCCCAUUGGUCCACCACCAACGGUGAGAAAGGUGAAUCUCGAUGAGGAGAACGUCUCAAUUGGGAUUCUUCUGGGUGUUAAGGCACUCGUGCAGUUGAUUUUUAAUCCAAUAGUGGGUGGAUCAACGGCUAAAUUCGGCUAUCGCAUCCCCAUUGUCUUUGGCACGUUUAAUCUCCUUCUGGCUGCCCUUGUCUUUGCCAUUGGGGAUAAUUACAUCAGUUUAGUGUUUGCUCGAGCUGUUCAGGGGAUUGGAUCUGCCUGCAUUGGGGUGUGUGGCAUGAGUUUAGUUGCCCAGCUGUAUCCUGAAGAGGAGAAACGUUCCAAAAUUAUGGGAAUUGUCCUUGGGAGUGUGGCGCUGGGGGUCCUCGUUGGUUAUCCCGUUGGAGGAUGCCUCUAUGAUUUUGUCGGGAAAGCCGCGCCAUUCUACAUUGUUUCAAUACUUAUUGGCGUGGAUCUUCUUCUUCAGUGCAAAUUCCUAGAACUCAUAGUUCCCGCUGAAACACCCGAAGACUCCGCGGAAAAUAACACAAUGACAUGGUGGCCACUUUGUACGGAUCUUAUUGUUUUUGUGGUUGUUCUUGCUAUUUGUAUAUCAACCAGUACGAUGGCAAUCUUGGAACCUUGCUUACCCAUAUGGUUGCUGAGUAAUCUCAAUCCUAAGAAGUGGCAACUUGGAACAGUCUUCAUUCCUGACUCUGUAGGCUACCUGUUAGGAACUAACUUUUUCGGCAAGGUAGCUUAUCAAAUCGGUCAAAUUAAAAUAGCCGUGAUUGCAUUGAUAAUGGUUGGAUUGUCGUGUAUCCUGAUUCCUAGUGCAACAACAGUUUGGAGCCUGAUGCUACCUCACUUUGUACUGGGUUUGGGAAUUGGAAUUUUGGAUGCAGCACUGGUGCCCUUCCUCGCCACGUAUGUGGAUCAAAAGUAUGGUGGUGACGUGGAUGGAGGUGAAGGUGGAAAUGGAGAAUUCUUCUCCAACUACGGUGCAAUCUAUGCUAUCCAACAAAUGGCUGUGAGUUUAGCCUAUUCCAUUGGUCCCCUCCUUGGUGGUGAGCUGGCCAAAAUUCUCGGCUUCCCAUGGCUAAUGCGCUCAAUGGGCUCCAUUAACUGCCUCUACGCCCCAAUACUACUCUUCAUCACCUCUCGGGUCAAUUUGCAGGGCUCGCUCAUAAAGUCAAAGGAUGUUCUGCUGAAUAAUGGAGAGGAUGCAAAUCAUGACUACAAACGCUUCUACAAUUCAAUAGAUUGAAAAUUUACAUAUACGGCCAACCCACAGACAUUAUUUAAUUAAAAUAGACUCACUGCGCCAUGCAUAACAUACAUUUUAGUCCUCCAUACAACCCCCCACCCACACACAUACCUAUGUAAUAUCGAUGUAGUACUCGUUGAGAAAAUAAUAAAUUAAGCAGUGAAUUGCGAUA